AGAAUUCGAAGAGUAAAAAUUAUAAGCAGAAUUGUGUGGUCAAAAAGUUUUCAGCGAAACUAGGUUUUUUCUUAGCUAGCGAGGAAAAUAUUGAAGCGAUGAUCCAAGUGUCACUAAUAUAAUGAUUGUCAAACUUCGCACGUCGUAUACAAUCAUAAAUUGGGCUGAAUAACCAGCAAUAUCCAAAAGAAAAAAAAAAUAACGUAAAAACAACGGAGGACACACAUACGAAAUUCUGCGAGUCAUCCAAUAAAAGGCAGGAACAGCCGAAAAUACGCGUAAUCUCUAUUUUUCGAAGUACGAUUGCACAAAGCUUGCUAACUUCGAAAACAACCCUAAAUCAAAACUCACCCCAACACGUACGACACACAAUCAAAAACAAAAAAAAAAAACAAACAACAAUAGAGCAAGUCACCUACCAUCAAUAUCCUCUUCUAUUGUGUUUGUGAGUGUACCGUCGUCAGUGCUAGCGAACGUCGCUCGCCGUUUUACCGUAGAUCAGCGCAAAGUAUCGUCGUCUAUCUACACCACCUUGCCGCACCCUAUCGCCCACUCACCUAGCACAACAGUCGAAAGUAGCAGCAGCAGCAGCAACAGCAACAACAGCGGCAGCGGCAGCGACAGGGACAGCGACAGCGACAGCAACUAAUAUUCAAUUUCUCUAGUGCUCAGUGCUUUUAGUCCCGUAGUCGCAGCGCAAAGUAUCAAAAGAAAGCAAGGAACAUCUUAUCGAUUUCCUUUAAAACCUCGCUACGAUAAUGGGCAAGAAAGACAAAAAGAAGGAAGAGGCGGAACCAGCACCAGCUGCCGAUGCACCACCAGCCGAGGGUGGUGCCCCUGGUGAGGGUGGUGAUGGCGAAAUUGUUGGUGGACCACGUAAUCCUCAGCAGAUUGCAGCACAAAAAAGGUUACAGCAGACACAGGCACAAGUAGAUGAGGUCGUCGACAUUAUGCGAACAAACGUGGAGAAGGUGCUUGAGAGAGAUCAAAAACUUUCGGAAUUGGAUGAUCGAGCUGAUGCCUUACAGCAGGGUGCUUCGCAAUUUGAGCAGCAAGCUGGCAAACUCAAACGAAAAUUUUGGCUGCAAAAUUUGAAGAUGAUGAUUAUUAUGGGCGUCAUUGGGUUGGUCGUAGUGGGCAUUAUUGCAAAUAAACUAGGAUUUAUAGGCGGCGAAACACAGCCACAAUAUCCACAGUAUCCACAAUAUAUGCCACCACCACCACCACAACAACAGGCACAAGCGCCAGCUGGUGGCACCUCAUCAUUGGUUGACGGCGACAGUGUUGGCAACAAAGAGCAACAUGGUGCAGUAUAAAGCUUUUCUUCAAGUCUACUAAGUUAAAGUGAAAAGGUAAACCAAAAUACGAAAAUUACAAAAAUUAUUAGAAACAACAAAAAAAAGAAGAAAAAAAUUAAAAACAUCAACGUUGAAAGUCAAAGCAUUGGAUAAACAACUUCUUAAAGGAGUAAGGAUUGCGUCAAAUAACCUCAAAAAGAAAAAACACAAUUUUUUAAAAAUGUGCGGAAAAAAGUAAAAGUAAAUGUUGUUAAAAGGGCAUUUUUUCAGCGAAUUGUCUAGGCAGAAGUGACGUAACACUGGAACCAUAUUUGUACUUAAAUAGGAUUUCAUUUAAUUUAAUAAAAUAUUUUCUCUUGUUUUUUUUUUUUUUAAUAUUAAAUAUUAAGAUGAUUAAGUUUAGUUGCCUGCAAGAGAUUUCAGCAUUAGCGGUUUAGUGCAUAUAGUUUUUCAUGAUUACAUACAUGAACAGGGUGUUUCAAGACUCCGCAAUUUAUUAUUAUUAUUUUUUUUUUUGAGGAUGGGAAAGAGGUAAAAUUUGGAGUUAAAAAUUGCGUCUCCGGUAUACUGUACGAUGCGCCUGCACCAAGUUAUUCAAUUUUGAACUUGACCAAUCACGAAGCAAUUCUAGGGUCAUGCAGGCUAGCAAAAAACAUAGGGUCUAGGGUCAACUCUGGCUAGCAACAAUCAAUGGAUAAAAUAGACUCAUUCGAGUGCAUAGUUUUGCGCGUCCGCUUGAGCCGGUGAACACAAACAAUUUAUGCUGAAUAUAAAAACUUGGCCUUGCUUUCAAUUAUUAACAGGAAAAAAUUAAAGAUCAAAUACUCUAAAUUUAUUUUAUACAUAUGUAUAGCAAAAUCAGUGACGUUUCCACAAAGAAUAUGUGCAAAAACAAGGAGACGCUAUUUCAGUCCAUUUCUCUUUUUAAAUUAUGGUACGAAAUUGCAACACACAAAAAAGGAAUUGGUUCUAAAUCGAUUCUUAUUGCUCCUUAUUGUGCUUUUAACUUUGUUUUUUUUUUUUUGAGUGGCUAAAUUUGCUGCCUGUGGCUUGUUUUAUUAGAGAAAUGCAGCUUCGCGUCUUUAUGCGUUUUUUGUGUUCGAUCACUGGCCUUGUUGUUGCAGUUCACUAGUUAACGGCGAUCUUUGUUCAAAUUUCCCAUUCCAUUUGCUCACGUUUUAGUUGAGAGCGACGACUGAUAAAGUCAGCAGUGCAACGCUGUGAUUGGUCAACUUUAAACUUGAACAACUGGGACGGUAAAGUUGAAGUUGAAACUCUUAACCUGACAGUCGGUUUUACCUUACUAGAACGACACGAACUUAUAUCUGACUAGGGACUUUAGUAUCAUUCACUUUAUGCAGUUGGAAUAACAACAAUAUGAACUUUCAACUUCAAAUUUCACCUUUUUUGUCACUCUCAAACAUGAAGUGCGCAAUUUUAGUAUAAUCUGUAUGCCAAAGAGCGUUUUUUUGUUUUUGCAUGUGUGUAAUAGUCGAGGCUUGCUCAAUUCUUCUACUCCUUAUACAAAUAUGUAUGUAUGUAUGUCUGUAAAGACUCGUGUGAGUUGACUUGAAGUUCGUUUAUGGUACUCAUUGUUCCAUGGAAUUUGAAUGAUGAUUCGGUGAGAAGAAUAUAUCCACAAUUCAGGCGUACCCGCUUGUUGCGAGCUACAUAUACAACAUUUACCGUAACAAGUGAAAAUACUCAUGAGCCGCCGCAUACAUAUAAAAGUAUACACAUAUAUGUAUAUAUAUGUAUGUCUGUAUAUGCCAACACCAAAAUAAUGACAAAUAUACUUUCAACAAUAAUUCAAUAGAAGAAGAGGUAAAGAUCCUACGAAAUUAAUUACUAUUUCAACAUAAUUAUAACAUUUAAAUAAUGAGUAAUUAAUUACUGAUAUUUCAAAAUAUUGACAUUUAAAGAAUAUUCGUUUAUGAUUGCAUUAUUAGUGUGAAAACUAAACAAAGACAAACGAACAAAAACCAAAGAGCGACAGGCAACGGGCAUACAAACCAAUAUUUAAACUAGAGAAACAAAAAUAUUUGCAUAAUUAAAGAAAGAAAAAACUGAAAUUAAUUCAUACAUAAAAGCAAACAAUAACAAAGAAAAUGUAUUAGAGAAACUAAUGUAACGAGCAAAUAAAUAAAUUUAGCGGACAAAUGUAUGAAUUUUUAUACGUUUUUCAUUUUAUGUUUCCAUGAAAAUUUCAAAUUUAUGUUAGAUUGAUUAAUAUUUUUCGUUUUAAAAUUUGCGUUGCUUAGCGAAAAUGUAUUUAAAUAGCAAAAUAAAUAUAUGUAUGUAUGUAAGCCAGUUAAUGUUAAUAAAACAUAUAUAUGAGGCACAUGUAUGGAAAUGUUGAAUUUUUAUUAGAAUAAAAUUGCGUUUUUGCUUGAAAUGGCGUGCAUAUACUAUAUACUACAUAAAUAUUAAAUUUAAUCAGUACCAAUGCCUAAUUAAUUACAUACCUAUGUACAUGCCAAAGCUACCAACAAAAUUAACAAAAAUUAACAAACAAACAACAGACCUUAAAUGUUAAUUUAUUUAUUUAAAAAUAAUAUAAUUUUUUUUCUUUUUGAAAUUUUUUUUUAUUGAAAAUAAAUAUUUUCACUAUUGAUGUAGAUAUUUUUCCGCUUAACAAAUUUGAUCAAUAAUAAAAAUGUAAUUAAAUAAAAGUUGUUAGCCAGCAUUAAUAAUAUUUACUAUUUCAACGAUUAUUUUAAGUGAGUAUAAAAUUAAAAAACAAAAAAUAAUGCAAAAACAAAACAAGUCAGCGAUUAAUAAAUUGUCAUACCAGCAUACUAUUGUACUACCUGCUGGUUGAUGUGGCAACGCCCGCAUUUAAUGCAACACCGUUAAGGGCAUUGCUAUGUCAGUUUGCAACAGUGGGACAAAUAAAAAUACUACAAUUUUUGUUUUGAAUGUAAAUUUUAUGUAAGCCCUAAUAAAAAAACUGAAUUAUGCUGUGUAUACAAUCCUUGAAUAGACGAAAAACUUGUGUAUAACAAUAAAGUCACUACAAACAUUUUGAAAUCAAGUGCCACUAAUGUGAGUAGACUUUGAAAAGUAAAUCGCACUUCUACAUACAUAAUGAAUGAUUUACAAGUUGCCAUUCGACAACAAAUUUCAAAUAAAUUGGUAAAAAUGUUGAUAAAUGUUGGUAAAUUAAGUUUUUACUAUGACCUGUUUAACAGAAAAAAACUGACAUAAAUUGGUAAAAAUUCGUACACAUUUUUGUGAAUUUGGUUUGCAUUAUGCCAUGUUAACACAAACAAAUUUUAAACAAAUUUGUCAAAAUUUUGACAAUGCUUGUUAAUUAAGUUUUUAUUAUGCCGUGUUUAAACAAAACUAAAAUUUUUACAUAAAUUCGUGGAAAUUUUGACAAAUGCUUGGAAGUUUAGUUCUUUUUAUGUCGUGGAGAGGCAAAAAAAAAGUACACAAAUUUCUGAAAAUUUUGACAAAUUUGUUACAAAAAGUUCAUCUUAUGUUGCGUUUAAACAAAAUAAAAAUUUUGAGGUAAAUUUUGACAAAUGCGUGCAAGCUUAGAUUUCAUUACGCCAUGUUCACACAAACAAAUUUUACACAAGUUUGUCUAAAUUUUGACAAUACUUAUUAAUUUAGCUUUUAUUAUGUCGCGUUUAAACAAAAUAAAAAUGUUGACAUACAUUUGUGGAAUUUUUUACAAAUUUCUUACAAAAAGUUGUUCUUAUGUCGUGUGUAAACGAAAAAAUUUAAAUAAAUAUGACGAAAUUUUGACAAAUGCUUGCAAGUUUAGUACAUUAUGUCGACCAAAACAAAGUACACAAAUUCCUGAAAAUUUUGGCAAAUUUGUACAAAAAGUUCGUCUUAUGCCGUCUUUAAACAAAAAAAAAAAUUAACAUAAAUUUGUGGAAAUUUUGAGAAAUUCGUCACAAAAAUUGUGGUGUUUAAACAAAAAAAAAAAUUUCAAUUUCUUGAAAUUUUGACAAAUGUUUGCGGGUUUAGUUUUCAUUAUGCCGUGUUUAGACGAACAAGUGUACACAAAUUGGUAAAUGUUUUUAUAAUUAUUAUUAUAUAUAAUUUUCUUAUAAAUUUCGACAAAUACUUGCAAGUUUAGUUUUCAUUCAUACACAAAUUUGUCAAAAUUUUGACAAUGCUUGUUAAUUAAGUUUAUAUUAUGCCGUGUUUAAACAAAAUAAAAUUUUCACAUAAAUUUGACGAAAUUUUGACAAAUUUCUCGUGUGUAAACGAAAAAAUUUAAAUAAAUAUGUCGAAAUUUUGACAAAUGCUUGAAUGUUUAAUUUGCAUUAUGUCGUGGUGAGACAAAAAAAAAUAUACACAAACUUGUGGAAAUUUUGGCAAAUUUGUCACAAAAAUUUGUUCUUAUCUAAACAAAAACACAUUGGCAUAAAUUUGUGGAAAUUUUGAGAAAUUCGCCACAAAAAGUUCUGCGUGUUUAAACAAAAAAAAUGUAUUAAAAUAUAGGAAAACUUUGACAAAUGCUUGCGUGUGUAGUUAUCAUUAUGCCGUUUUUAGACCAAAACAAGUUACACAAAUUGUUAAAAAAUUGUAUAAAUUUUUGUUAAUUUCGUUUUCAUUACACCGUGUUUAAACAAAAAAUAUUUAAAAAGUGUUUUAAAAAAUUAAAAAACAACUAAAAAAUUUUCUAAAAUUUUUACAAAUGCUUCCAAUGCUUAGUUUUAUUUUAUACAAUUUUUUUUUAUUGAAAUACGACUAUAAAAAAUGUUACAUAAAUUUGUCAAAAAUUGACAUGCUUGUAAAUUUAGUUUUCAUUAUGUCGUAUUGCGAAAAAAAAAUUUUACACAAAUUUGUCCCAAAAAUUUCUUUUUAUAUCGAGUUUAAAAAAAAUGUUAAAAACUUGUAUAAAUUUUUAAUAAUUUAGUUAGUUUUUAUGUAUCAAUUUUUUUUUAUUUAAACACUACUAUAAAAUAUGUUACAUACAUUUUUCGAAAUUUCGACAAAACGAAAAUCUGCAAAAUGCAAAAUUAGUCAUUUUCACUACAGUGGCAAAUUCUGACAUAAGAAAUUGCACAAUUAUAACCAGGCGUGAAAAAGUUUCACAUGAAUGGCUUCGAAUUUUCCACAAAUGUCAGCAAUUCUACCCACUUCUCAUUUGCUCGUGGCACUUUGAAGGCUCAAAUCUGUUUUUUGUUUUGUUCUUUACUGCGCCUAUAAAACUGCAUACUACCAUAUACUCAAGUAAAUAAAUGUAUACUAUGCGAUAAUUAAUGAAUAUUUGUUUACUAUAUGUAUACAUACAAUACAUAUACAUAUAUUUGAUUGAAAGUUCGACCUAUAGGGAAAUUCAAUAUUUGUGGGAAUUAUUUAAUACAAAAUGUUAAACAUAUUUGCAAAUCCUUCGUGGUGCUCUAUAUGAUUUGAAAAAUAUCGAAAUAAGAAGGCAUACGAAGUAUAUGAAACAAAAACAAAAACCAAAACCAAAAAAGAAAACAGUUACAAACAGAGUGACUGCUAGUUACUCAUCAGUUAUAAGUGGGUGGGUCAAUUAUUGAUUUUUUGCGUUCUAAAGUAAUGAAUUCAAAUGCGUGCCAACGCAUCCAUUAUUAAACUGUGGGUAAUAUGGAUUUGCAAUUUGAAUAUUUCUUUCAGAAAUAUCCCUAAUAUCCAGAAAUCCAUGUACAUCAUAUAUUUGCUUAUGUUCCCAACGGAGCUUUGCGAGUGAUCGCAGUAAGUGUUGUCAUGGCUGGCCUAGUGUUAGUGCGCUGUGCAAUUGCUCACUAUUUUUUCGUGUGUGUGUGUAUAUGCACAUUUUCAGGUAGAACUCUCGUAAAUGUUAGAAGCAUUACAUAAAUGUGGCACUAAAAUAUUUAAAUAAUUUAAAUAUAUAUAAGUGUUAGUAGUUUCAACUACAUAAUUAUAUAUUCAAGUAAUAGCAGUCAAUCUAAUGAUAACCUCAAACUGAUUCUAAAUGACACUUUUUCGUAACUAACUUCAUUCCGAAAAGUAUUUCCACUGCUUCUCUAACGAAAAAUGUAUUUUCUUAUGAUCUGACGCCGUGAUUUUCAUGACUAACAAAGUAGUACAAUUCCCACGUGAAGCUCUUACUUUUCAUAACUAAGUCCAGUUGAAUCCUAAUGAAUUGAAAUUGAAGAACAAAGAAUUAAAACAACAACUGCGUAGCAAAAGACAAACAUAAGAAAACAAAAAAAGAAAAUCCAAAUUAACAAAAAAAAAAAACAAAACAAAAAUGUUGUAAAGAAAAUACUUAGUAGCAGCAGUAAAGAACAAACUAAAAUAAUAAUAACAAAUCGACCAAAUUCCAAACCAAAACAAAAAAAAAAAAAAACCAAAAA